GAGUGAGGGAGCGUCUCGAAAGUUGUCUAUUUUAGUGAUCCUCCCCAUUUGGCUUUUAAAAAGAGAACUCUUGAAAUAUUUGCACGGAAAAUAAAACUAUCUAAUUUUCUUAUUUUUCAAUAUCUUUCCCCUUUCGAAGGCUAGAAAGGCAUGGGAACGGUCUCUUCUUGACCCUAAAGUCAGUAGCAAGUAGAUAGUCUCUUAGUUUCUGACAGGUCCCCGCCAGUCUUGAUGCCCCGCCUCCUUUACAGGAACUCACACCAUCCAUUGGCUAGGAGUGCUUGAGCGGCGGAAGCAGCUGGCUCGGCGGGGACUAAGGGGAGGGGACGAGUCCUAAAGAUGGCGGCAGUGGUAGAGGUGGAGGUUGGAGGAGGUGUUGCUGGGGAACGGGAGCUGGAUGAGGUUGAUAUGUCGGACCUGUCCCCAGAGGAGCAAUGGAGGGUUGAGCAUGCACGCAUGCAUGCCAAGCACCGAGGCCAUGAAGCCAUGCAUGCUGAGAUGGUCCUUAUCCUCAUCGCUACCUUGGUGGUGGCUCAACUACUCCUGGUACAGUGGAAGCAGAGGCACCCCCGAUCCUACAAUAUGGUGACUCUCUUUCAGAUGUGGGUUGUCCCCCUCUAUUUCACAGUGAAGCUGCACUGGUGGAGGUUCCUAGUGAUCUGGAUUAUUUUCUCUGCCAUCACUGCCUUUGUCACCUUCAGAGCCACCCGAAAACCUCUCAUACAGACAACCCCAAGGUUGGUUUAUAAGUGGUUCCUGCUGAUCUAUAAAAUCAGUUAUGCUACUGGCAUCGUUGGCUACAUGGCUGUCAUGUUUACUCUCUUUGGUCUUAACUUACUAUUCAAAAUCAAACCAGAAGAUGCCAUGGACUUUGGCAUUUCACUCCUCUUCUAUGGCCUCUACUAUGGAGUUCUUGAGCGGGACUUUGCAGAAAUGUGUGCAGACUACAUGGCGUCUACCAUAGGGUUCUACAGUGAGUCGGGGAUGCCUACCAAACACCUUUCGGACAGCGUAUGUGCCGUGUGUGGGCAGCAGAUCUUUGUGGAUGUCAGUGAAGAAGGCAUCAUCGAGAACACAUAUAGGUUAUCCUGCAAUCACGUAUUCCAUGAAUUCUGUAUCCGAGGAUGGUGCAUUGUGGGAAAGAAGCAGACGUGUCCCUACUGCAAAGAGAAGGUAGACCUCAAGAGGAUGUUCAGUAACCCCUGGGAGAGGCCUCAUGUCAUGUAUGGGCAACUGUUGGAUUGGCUUCGAUACCUGGUAGCCUGGCAGCCUGUCAUCAUUGGCCUUGUACAAGGCAUCAACUACAUCCUGGGCCUGGAAUAG